AUGCAACCCUCCAUGGCCGCCAGGCCCACCAGGCCAAGAACCACCUCCGCCCCCAGGGAAUCCAGUAAACCCUCCAGGACCUCCCCAGGAGACCCUAGAGAAUCAUGCGAUCCCCCAUAUCCCCCAGGCCCACCAGGGCAUCAAGAUCCACCCGGUGGCAGUCCUCCAGGUGAACCAUGCCAUCCACCAACUCCCAGCAAUAAAACAAUCUGGCAAAUGAUAAGCCAAAGCCCUCAAACCGCACGCCUCGCAGAUCUUCUCAGAAAACAUAGCGACAUAGUCAAUCUUCUCAGCAGCACAAGUGCAAACUACACAAUCUUCGCACCAACAAAUCAUACCCUGUAUUCCCUGGGAAGUUCUCUUGAACUCCUAUCUACGGAAAAUAUUCUGAGCUACCAUGUUGUUCUGGGACAACAUCCUUUCUACAAGUUGCGGGCUGUUGAGCAUCAGACUCUUGCUACGGGUUUGAACGAGUCUGCGCUUGGUAAGAGGAAGAGUUUGAAUGGGUAUAAGAAGAAGGAUAAAGAUAAGGACAAGAAAAAGAAGAAGCAUACCGAGUACCCGCAACGAGUUCGAGUAGAUGCUGUCCGGCAGUCUGUACUACUCAACGGGGCAAGUAAAGUUGUCAAAGAGAACAUAAUGGCCAAAAACGGUAUAAUCCAUUACAUCGACCUCCCACUUACUCCGCCACCAAACACAAGUGCUCUCCUCAGAUCACUCCCAGAAGAAUCCAGCACAUUCACCCUCGCACUCUCACGCACGCACUUAGAGUCCCACUUCGAUACUUCAAGUCGUCAUGGCGGUACAACAUUUGUACCUACGAAUGAUGCGUUCCGAAUCAUGGGCCCCGUCGUGAAUGCAUACCUCUUCUCGCCACAAGGAGAAGAAUGUCUACGCAGUCUACUCAGAUACCACAUUUUACCUGGUAAAACUGUAUACUGGGACGUCGUGUACCGAGAUCAGGAAGAUAUGGAUGCAUUCAGUGAGUUUGGAUUGUAUGAAAAGGAUACUAAGUGGAGGCCGAGGCGAUAUCCGGUUGUGCGUGUUGAUGCGCAGACAUUGCUUGAGGGGCAGGGAAUUAAUUUGCAUAUGAUGCGGAGGGAGAUGGUUUAUAAAAUGAGGGUUAAUGGGUUUUGGGAGCCGAGGGUUGUGGAUGUGUUAGCUGGGGAUGGGGUUAUACAUGUUUUGGAUCGGGUGUUGUUUCCGCCUAAGGUGGCUGGGAAGGUUAAGGGUGGUGCGGCGAUGGCGGUGGAUGAAGUAGGGGUGAUGGGAACGUUGAGGGAUUUAUUGGAAGACUGUCGACCGAAGAAGGAAUUGAGCUUGAGGAUGGAGCUUUGA